AAUCUUGAUUUUUGUAGCUGACGUGUUCGUGUUCUUCAACUUCGAUCUUGUGUGACUGAUACGGAUGGUUGUACGUUGUCGCGUUUAUUAAAAUUAACAAAAAGUAUGUUGGCUGUUCUAGUCGCUCUCUCCUUGUUUAGUCAACUGAUUUACGCAGAUGCUAUUAAUUGUAAAGGAUGUGUGCCAUUAGACUCGUACAGUUUUGAUAAGAUUAUAUCCAAAUUUAAGGCUGCUGUUAUUAAAUUUGAUGUUGCUUAUCCUUACGGGGCAAAACACGACGAAUUUGCUAAAGUUGCCGAAACUACAUAUUCAAUUCCAGAGCUUUUGGUAGGCGAAGUUGGUGUGAAAGACUAUGGCGAAAAAGAGAAUUCAGAUCUUGCCGAGCGAUACAAAGUGAACAAAGAUGAUUUCCCUGUCAUUAAACUGUUUGUUGCUGGAAAGGAUGAACCUGUCACAUUUACCAACUCAGAUUUCACAGCAGAUAAUAUAAAGAAAUUUAUCCGAUCUAACUCUGAAGUGUAUGUAGGCUUACAGGGCUGUAUUGAUAAAUUUGAUGCUCUUGCCAAUAAAUUUGUCAAAACUGCCGACACUGAUUUGAAGAAAAUUAUUCUCCGAGAGGCAGAGGAUAUGUGGGAUAAAACUUCAGGUCGUGCUGAUCAAAAAGCUGCCGAAGUAUAUGUGAAAACAAUGCGAAAAUCUUUGGAGAAAGGUGAUGAUUUUAUUGAGAAGGAGAUGAAGAGAGUACAAAAUCUUGCGAAAGGGAAGGUCAGCAAAGAGAAAAAGGAGGAAAUAUUGCAGCGUAUAAAUAUUUUACAAUCAUUUAAACAUGAUGAGCUAUGAAAUGGAAGUUUGCAUUUGGUGUAAAUGUUUUAAUUAGGCAUGUAAGUGGUUUGUGUGAAUAUUUUAUGUUAAGAGAGAAAUGGUACAAGAAAUGUGCAUUUUUUCACUGAAUCACAUUUACUAGAUCUCAGUAUUCUAAGCAUUUAUUCUCGGGUGUGAAUCACAGAAUGGAUUUCUGAUUUAUUGUGAUGUGUACAGACUUUCACAGUAUGUCAUUAGGGAGUAGCACUGUGUCAUUUUGAUGUGAUUGCAAGAAGACAGCCAGAAUGCAUAGAUGAGUGUAUUUGAUACAUUUCUUGUAAGCCUUUUUUUUUUUAUUUUAUUUUGAGGUAUAAGCACAAAAAUGGACACAAAUUAAUACCUUCAUUUGUUUGCAUCAUAGACGUUUGUACCUUGUUGUGAUGUUCCAAAUAUGGAGCUUGUUUGUAAGUUAAUGAGAAAAUAAAAAUUUAUUUCAUUUUGAGAACAUUUGCAGUGUUGAAACAAGAUUGAUUAAAAAUUUUGGAAACAUGAGAAUUGAAAUUUAAAUUCUAACAUUGACCAAUGUUUUAUGUUUAUUGUUAAAAGCUUCAUCAGGUUUUUCAUGAUUAUGAAUGUGUCACUUUUUCAACUAGUGAAUAAAAGAAAACCUAUUUUCAUAAAAAGGAAACUUUAUACAAUAUGAAGAAAAUAGAUACAAGUUGAAUAUUUGCUACAUCGAAUGUAGCACAACUAUGGAUUGAAAAAAUUAGGAUGAAAUAAGAACACAACUCAUCCAAUAUUUGGCAUACCAGUGGGUAUUUUGCAGUAAUUUUGGGGUAUAUGAGAGUCACACAAAUAUUCUGCAUGAACAGAUAAAUUUUAUUUUGUUUGGCACAAAUGCCCUAUUUUGUUGUGGCUGCAUAAUUUUUGUUUCAUAAAUUACCAAAGACAACCUUUUAAUGUCUCCUUAAUUUUUUUUUCUUUAUCCUUUUAUCAACUCGUUUUCAAUAAUGAAUUAUAAUUUACAUACAAUGGAAAUUGUUAAAAUUCAAAGCUGUAUCAUAUUAAAAAAUCUCUAAAAGUGCAAUUUAUAUCCUAAAUUCUGUUCAAAUUUCAAUUACUCAGUGCCCAGGUUAAUUCUCGAUUUGUCUGAAAUUUUGCAGAGGUGUUUACACAGAGGCAUGUGGAAUUAUAAAUGAUUGUUUUCCUCUCAGUUCACAGAAAUGAGGGUUAUUGCUAGGGAGUGAACUUCUAUGAUUCUACACAUUUUGAUCCAUUGCUUCAGGGCAUAGCUGAGUGAAAUUUCUUGAUAUUUGGCAAGAGUUGGAUGCUAUGUAGGUUAAUAUGUUAGAGCAUAUUUGGCAGGUGUGUUGUCCUUUUAUUGCACAUUUCAUUAAAAUAAAGACGUCUUUAAAAUGUUUCAUAGAAUCUGUUUAUUUGAGAGCAUUCAUUGAUUAGAAAUGGCUUGUUACAAUUUGUUUUUUCUUUUCUAUAGGUAAUAAAAUACUUGUUCAAAUGAAGAAUACUUCUUGAUAUAAUCUUUAAACAAGAUAGGAAAAAUUAAACAAAACAUGCAAUGUACUACACUAAGGUACAUAUUUACUUCAAUUAUUUCUCUUGCGAAGUAAGCUACGUUAUACGAUAUUUACACAAAAAUAUAUCUUUAACAACACUUUAAUUAACAACUUUUAGGUCACAAAAAUCCUCUCCACAAUAAUCACCUUACGGCCCCAGCUCCUUAAGGAUAAAUGUAC